UUAGCGUAUCACGUGCCACAUCCUUAAUGAAGUGGACACACGAGGGGCACCCCUGUGCGCAUGCGCCGGGUGUUAAAUGUAGUUGGAAAUGAGGUGUCCGUCUUGGAGAAGUCGACUUUUAAAAAGCAUCGGCAGCCCCUGAUAUGACGACUUCGCUGCUUGUGCAUCCACGCUGGGCGGACACCUUGAUGUACGUUUAUGAAAAAAGCCCGAAUGAAAGCGGACCGAAUAAGAGCCAAGCAAUGGAGGGACUGAGCGGCAAUUGCCCCGCGACCCACUGCAGGGACCUGAUGUCGCACCCCGCCCUGGGACGACACUCCGGCACCAUAGCGAGCCACCAAGGCUCCGUCUACUCGGAUAUUUCCACGCCGGACUCCGCGCGCCAGUGCCCAGCCCCGCAGUCGUCCUCGGGCGCCUCGCUCAGCUACGGCUACCCGUUCGGGGGCCCUUACUACGGCUGCAGGCUGUCCCACUCGCACAACGUCAACUUGCAGCAGAAGCCGUGCUCGUACCACCCCGCAGACAAAUACGCCGAGCCCAGCAGCGCGCUCCCCACCGAGGAACUGUCGAGCCGGGCCAAAGAGUUUGCCUUUUACCCCAGCUUCGCCAGCUCGUACCAGGCCGUGCCGGGCUAUCUGGACGUGUCGGUGGUGCCCAGCAUCAGUGGCCACCCCGAGCCGCGGCACGACGCUCUCAUCCCCAUGGAGGGCUACCAGCACUGGGCUCUCUCCAAUGGCUGGGAUGGGCAGGUGUACUGCUCCAAGGAACAAACGCAGUCCAGCCAUCUGUGGAAGUCACCGUUUCCAGAUGUGGUGCCCCUGCAGCCUGAGGUGAGCAGUUACCGGCGUGGCCGUAAAAAGCGCGUCCCUUACACCAAGGUGCAGCUGAAGGAGCUGGAGAAGGAGUACGCAGCCAGCAAGUUCAUCACCAAAGACAAGAGGAGGCGCAUCUCGGCCGCCACCAACCUCUCAGAGCGCCAAGUCACCAUUUGGUUCCAGAACCGGCGGGUCAAGGAGAAGAAGUUCGUCAGUAAAUCCAAGAGCAACCACCUGCACACCACCUGAUCAGAUGGCGCCCCCCCCCCCCCCCCCCCCAAAAAAAAUAAUUAUUAUUUUACACUUAACUCCACUGCAGCAUCCGGCUCACAUCGGAAAGAAAAGAUCAAAGAUCAUCUUAAUUUUAUUUUUUUAAUUUAACCUCCAUGGCCAUUGCCAUCCAAACAACACACGCAGCCCACCGGUUUCGAUUUAGAGAGCAUGUCUCUAAAAAAACUGUGAAAAUGCUGAAUUAUUUGUUUUAUAUGACUGUACAUAUAUAAAUAUAUAAUAUUUAAAACGAUAUCUGUAUUUCAAAGUCCAGUAUUGCGUGUUUUUUCUUUUUUAUUUCCCAUUUUCCUCUCUCGCUCUCUCUUUCUGUCCCCCUCUCUCUAAUCCAAACCAAAUCACAAAAAGGAUCGACCACAUUUAAAAAAAAACCCAUCAAGACUGAUUUUUUGCUGACUUUUGUGGAAAGAUAAUCGCCAUGCAGACAGGAAUGUUUUGGACGUAAAGACCGGUUGAAUCCAGGAUACUUUAAUAUCCUUCAACGACAAAAAGAAAAAAAAAGAGGACUUUUGGGUGAAAUUAUUUCUUUUAUUAUUCAUUUUAAAAAUUUCAGAGGCUCUUAUUGUAUGUUCGACUGUAUGUUCUCGAGGCUGCAAUGCUAUGUUGUUUAUCCGUGUAGUGCAAUGCAUUUUCUAUUAUUUAAAACAUAUUAUGUAGUAUGGCCCGAACUGUAAACUACAAUAUACCUGUAUGUUUUUUCCUUUUUGUCCAAGAAGGAUUCUGUCAUGCAACUGCAAUGAUUGUAAACCAUUAAAGUCAGUGCGUAUUACACAUGGAUGCACACUCCUUU